AUGCGAAGUUAUUUUGUCAUUUUUGUCGCACGACCACGAGCUGCAGCAUGGCAUGUAAAUCAUGAUCAUGCCCUCGUGGUUAGGUUUUCCCAUUCUUACCUAAUAAUGGUUCGUGAUGGUAAAGCCAACAUUUUCAACUUUAGUGACCGCCUAUGCUUACACGGCUAUCCAAAGAUACACCCUGCCGCCUCCCUCAGUCAAAUGAAAUCCAUGCGCCGUCACAUAGUACCUGACGAGGUAGAAGAAGCGCUCGGGUGGAUGCAUCAGGAGCAUGAGCUACCAAGAUUUUAUCACUUUUGUUUACGACCACAAAAGCAUUCGGUAAUUCUUCCCGGAUCUACGAAUUUGCCAUUGCCUUUACAUUCUGCCAGAUCCAGCUGGUAAACAUGUCAGGGCGCCAACGCUAAUAAGAAGAACUUCUUCUCACUCAAGAAGACGAGCGUCCGUUUCUAUUUUUGCUGCGCCGUUUGUAUAAUCAUACACAAGCGGCAUGGCCAUCCCCAUCGCCAUGGCGAGGGGAGCGCUGGCAAUAGAAGUGGAUCUUCUGCUAGCUCGUGGGGCAAAUUUUGAAACGAAAAGCCCGAAGUGGAUCCACAGUCGGCGCGUCGACUGUGAAAGAUAAAGAUUGAGCAUUUCUGAUGUAAGCAAAAG